AUGCAGCAAAUAAAUUAUGAUUAAGUUCUAUUUACUUUUUAGUGUUAUCGAAAGCAUUUAAUUAUUGAUUCUAAAUAUCAUGUAUACUUACUACCUCAAACUUUAAUUCUUACAAGCGUAAAUCAUUAUUUAACAUUUUUAAGAAUCCCAAAUAAGAAAACCCUAAAUAUAUUGUAAAACUAAGUUUAAAUUCUAAAAUUUACUGGAUAACAAAAUCCAAAACACCCAUUCUUGAACAAUUUGGAUUCGAAUAUCAAGAUAAAAUAAAAUAUUUCUCUGGUACAACAAAGGAGUUAUAAAAACUUAAAGACUUAAUAUAAGGUUAAAUAAUGUAAAAGGACAUAAACGAUUUUUAUUAUUCUAAUUCUUUAAUAGGAAUAGGUGUUACUUCUAAAGUAUUGUUUUAAAUUUAUUUUAGGUUUAUUUAGUCACAAAAAAAGAUGAUCAAUCUAAAUUUGCAUCUAAAUGUGUAGAUAAGAAAAUAUUGUAGAAAGAUGGAAGAUAUGUAUUAAUAUUUAUUAAACUAUAAGGAUGCCCAGUUCAAUGAAAUUUAAUUAAUGUAAAAACUCAAACAUGAUAAUAUUAUACAAUUAAUUGAUCUUUAUGAAGGAGAAAACACAUUUUACCUUAUUCUAGAAUAUUUGGAAGGAAAAAGUUUACAUGAAUAGCUUAUUUAAAGAUAAUAAAUUUUUGAAUAAGAACAAAUAUAAAUAAUAAUUAAAGUAAAAUCUCUUUUAUAUUAAAGUUAAUCCUAUAAGCAAUAGAUUAUAUGCAUUCUUAAGGUAUUAUGCAUAGAGAUUUGAAACCAGAAAAUAUUAUGUUUAAAUAAGCUAAUUAACUAUAAUCAUUAAAAAUAGUUGAUUUUGGUUUAGCCACUUUAUAAAAUUUAGAUGUAUAUCAUUUCCCCAGAUGUGGAACACCUGGAUAUGUGGCACCGGAAAUUGCUAAUUUAUAAGAUUCAUCUUAAAAAUAUACUGUUCUUUGUGAUGAAUUUAGUGUUGGGUGCAUUUUUUAUAAAUUGUAUUUUAUUUAUUAAUUUAAAGAUGUACAGGAAAUGAACUCUUUCCUGGAAAUAAUGACUCAGUUAUUAUGAAAUUGAAUUAAAAAUGUGAUAUAAUCUUAGAUGCUCUUUAAAUAUAUCAAACUUCACCAGAAGCUAUAGAUUUACUAUCCUAAUUACUAAAAGUCAAUCCAUCAGAAAGGAUUACUGCUCAAAAUGCACUAAAACAUCCAUAUUUCUAAUAAUAAUACUAAUCUUAAAAUACAUAUAUCACAUAAUAUAAUGCAAAAAAAUUCAAUCCAGUUAUUCAAUUAAGUUCAAAAAUUGUUGAUACUUAUUAAUAGAAUUAUGAAGAAGAAAUUGUUGAAGAUGAAAACACUAAACAGUUAACCAUACCCUCUAUUUAAAUUAUUAAGUCCUUUGGAUAUAUAUAACAAAGCUUUCAUUCAAAUUAAAAUCCUAGAAAUUUAAGAAAAAUUUAGACCCAAGAAUUUGAUAAAAAAAUUAAGACAACCUCUUCGAAAUUUUAUAAUAUUAAGCCAUCAUUAACUAUGAAUUAUGAAAUGUUUGCUUAAUCUUCAAAUUUUGAAAAAAUUGUUAGAAAUAAUUUAGUAGAAAAGGCUGAUGUUUCUGAAGCAAUUGACUUCAUAUAUAAAAUUGAUGAGGAUCAAGAUGAAGAAAAAGGAAUGUAGAAAUGA